AUGGACAUUCUCAGGAACUGCAGAGGCUACCAGAUCUCGUACUGCUUGGACAGCAGGGACCCUCAGCGAUGGACUACAGUGGAGGUGGGCUCCACCGCUCGACAGUUCACCGUCACAGGACUCUCCUCCGAACAGGCCUAUGUGUUCCGGCUCACUGCUCGCACCGCUGUGGGCUGGGGGGAGGAGCAGGAAGCCCUGGUGGUUACCACUGAGCGCCGAGAGCGUCCCCAGCCGCCCAGGAAGUUGUCUGUUCCUCAGGAAGGGGUUGAAUCUCGUCAUGUGCGCCUCCACUGGGUGACAGGAAGCUCAGGUUCCUCCCCGCUGAGGUACUUCACACUGCAGGCCAAAGAGCUGCCCAACGGGGACUGGAACGCACACACUGCUGACAUCCCGCACAACGGGACCACAUGGACCGCUGACAGGCUGAAACCCUUUACAUCAUACAAGUUUCGGAUGCUGGCCACCAACGAUGUAGGAGACAGUGUCCUCAGCAAAGAGACGGAGGCUGUUACAACUCUGCAGGAUGUCCCUGAGGAGCCUCCAGUGAUCCUUGCAGUGAAACCAACAACAACUACCUCAGUCCUGGUGCAGUGGAAGAAACCCAAUGACACCAGUAUUAACGGGGUGUUGACUGGAUACCGGCUGUAUUACAGAGAGCUCCAAGUAAACGUUUCCACUUUCGUUGAAGCAGAAGUCCAGGCAACAAAAAACAACACCACGAGUGCCCUCAUUACAACCAAGAGCACCUUCAAGACAGUCAGCAGCGCCGCGCUAACAGAGUUUGAGUUGACACAACUGAAGAAGUUCAAACGCUACCAGAUUGUUAUGACAAGCUACAACAUCAUCGGAGAGAGCCCCCCCUCCACCCCAGUGGAGGUGUCUGUCGGAGAGGCAGCUCCAUCGGUGGCUCCUCAGUCUAUCAAAGUCUCCGCUGUGUCUCCCUCCACCCUGGAAGUGACCUGGGACACACCCCCCCUGGAGACCCAGAAUGGACUCAUCCAAGGAUACAAGAUCCACUACUGGGAGCGGGACAAGCAGAACCAGAGUGAGAAGGUCAAGGUGAUCUUUGUCCCAGACACCCGGGUGCAGCUCUCCAACCUGACCAGCUACACACCGUACCUGGCCACUCUGACGGCCUUCAACACAGCUGGAGACGGCCCCCCCAGCGACCCCCGCGGGGCCCGCACCAUGCAGUCUGCUCCCAGCGCUCCCAGCUACCUGUCCUUCUCAGAGGUGACCGGGGGGAGUGUGAAUGUGUCCUGGGGGGCUCCCCUCACUCCUAAUGGACAGCUGGAGGGCUACAGGAUCAUCUACCAGCCCACUGCGCCCGUACAAGGAGUGAGUAAACUGGUGACGGUGGACGUGAGGGGCAGCUGGCAGAGAUGGCUGAAGGUCCGAGAUCUGAUCCGAGGAGCGACGUACGCCUUCAGUGUUCAGGCUCUCACCGUCAGCUACGGCCCGCCGGUGCACGCUAACGUCAGCGCUCAGCCCGUGCAAGGCUCCCCGGGGUCUCCUAUAGAGAUGUCCAUCACCAAGGCGUCGUCGGCACUCACCAUCCACUGGUCGGACGGAGAGACGGGUGCAGCGCCGGUCACCGGAUACGUUAUCGAAGCCCGUCCAUCAGAUGAAGGAGUGUGGGACUCCUUCAUCAGACUCCUCCCUCCCACCAGCCGAUCCGUUUCCGUGCCGCUGGAGCGCCUGAGGUCGGGGAUCAGCUACGAGUUCAGAGUCAUCGCUGUUAAUCGCUAUGGUUACGGACAGCCCAGCACACCCUCUGCUGCUCUCGCUGCGCUGUCCGAGCGUCCGUUCUACGAGGAGUGGUGGUUCCUGCUGGUCAUGGCUCUGGUGGGGAUCAUCCUCAUCCUCGUGCUGGUCUUCACUCUGCUGCUGCACGGACACAGCAGCAAGUACAAAGCCUGCGGGACAGGGAAGCACAUGUCCACAGCGGAGGAGUCGGUAACCCUGGACAACGGAGGUUUCACUGCUCUGGAGCUCAACAGCAGGACGAUCAACAACAAGAACUCCUUCCUGAAGAAAAACGGGACCAGGUCUCCUCCCAGGCCCAGUCCAGGUGGUCUUCACUACUCUGACGAGGACAUCUGUAACAACUAUAACGGAGCUGCGCUGACUGAGAGCACCACGCUCACUGAGAAACCCACCGAGGUCUCAGAGUCAGAGUUAACUGACAGCGACUACGAAGACGAGCAGCCCAAGCACUCCUUCGUCAACCACUACAUGAGCGACCCCACCUACUACAACUCCUGGAAGCGGCAGCCCAAAACCCUGAAGCCCAUCGGCUCUCCCUUCGGAUACGAGGAGUGUGCCACCGCAGACACGGAGCCGUACUACCAGACCGUGGUGACGCAGCACAGCACCGGCGGCGCGUACACGCCCACGGGGCAACCGGCGCUCACGCACGUGAACCCCAACACUAACCCGCCCCCCGGCUCACGCACCCCCGUGACCGGAUUCUCCUCCUUCGUUUGACUCUCGAGACUAAACCUGCACAAAAUGACACACACAAUUACACAAUGAUGGAGGGGGCCCGGUGUGUGUUUGGACUAAAGGAGACAGAGCAGGCGGCGCCGGAGGGGGGGGGGGACAAGGUGAGGAGACGUGGGACGGACUGGUGACGAAGCAGCACCAAAGAACUAAACGUACACCUCUCACUCGCCUUCCCCCCUCGUUCACAAAGAUCCUCACUGUGUUGAUGAGUGUGUGUGUUGCUCUCCUGCUCUGUUAUGCCUCUGUGUCACUGUGCCCACACACACAGUUCUCGUUUCCACACACACACAUUCACACUGGCGUAUACCACCAUGCCUAUUCCAGAGACUCUCCGACGAGAGCUGCGACUACAUGUUUGUGUAAAUGUUGAGGAGAGCAUUCGAACUCGGGAACAUGGAAUUUCUGCACAACCUUCUUCACUGUUUUUCUGUAUUUACACAUAAGUGCACAAAGACACACGCAUGCACUCCCUUUCAGGGUCUCCCACAGGGGGAGAAGGACUACAAGGCUGAGGAGCGUCAUUCAGAGACGCCACAGAAGGGAGCAGCUGUUGUCGACAGACUGGUACAUGUACACACACACGGAGCUGUAAACCACUACCACAGAGGGAAAGAAAAAAGUAACAAUCAAUAAUCACAUUUUUCGAACUUGAAAAAGGACAGAUAGUGAGCGUGGGCAGAGGUUUUUUAGAAGUGAAGGCAUUCUCAGUGAGAGUGUUGUGUGGUUUCUAAGAGCGUCAUGUGAUGUUCGGGGUUGGGGGUCGGAAUAUAUGAAAACCAUGUUUUUUACCGUCUACUGCCUGUUGUCAGCGCUCCUUAUACCACAGCCUCCCGAGCCAUAAUGCUUGCACUGAGCCGAACCCCACACAUUUCAUCUUCUGUUGAAGUUUCAUUUUUUACAAUUAAGAGUGUGUGUGUUUGAGUGUGACACGUGUGCGUAGAAGCAUGCGUGAAUAAAUGGCUCUACGCUCAGCUGGGAAGCCUGUUCAUCCGUCUCCGUUGUUCCCUGCGAAGCAAAGCGUGCCAUUUUAUGUGUGUUUGCUUUUUAAGAUGGAUUUUGUACAGGGAAACCCUUUUUACUUGUGAGGUGUUGUAUGUAGUUUUGGCCACGUUUGUGUAAUUCAAAGCAAAUAUUGAAACAGCACUGCAAUUAUGGAUGAGGGGGAAAAUAAAUCAUUUAGUAAGAAUGAUGAUGAUAAAAUAUAAGCUGCAGAGAAUGAAUGAAAGAAGACAAAAAUCAUUCUUGAAGGAGCUGCGUUCGAUUCAAGUUUAAAUAAUAGGCCUCGCUAUCUGCUCCAGCCAGACUGACACAUGUACUUUGUACCAAGUGCAAACAAAAAUCAUCUGUAAGUUUUCUCUCAUGUAUAAUUUAAAGAUUUAUCCGCCCUCCCUCACUCUGUCACGCUUGUUUUGAGUCCCAUUACAGUGUGUGAAUAAAUGGUUAUUGUUUAA